GGGUGGAGGUCUCAGACUGAACUCCUAUAGACUUUUUGGAAACAACUGGUUAGAGAAGAGUUUAUAUCAUGGCUCCAGCUGAGAGGAGCAGUAAGGUAUGCUUGGCCAUGACAAUGGAUUUAUUUGCAUCAGAUACUCUUAUAUGAAAAGAUCACAAUUCCAAAGAAUCUAAAAGUUAUUUCAUCUCCUGAAACAGUAUGGCAGGCUUCAAACGAGGAUAUGAUGGAAAAAUUGCAGGAUUGUAUGACUUGGAUAAAACUUUGGGCAGAGGUCAUUUUGCUGUGGUCAAACUUGCUCGACAUGUCUUUACAGGUGAAAAAGUAGCAGUCAAAGUAAUUGACAAGACUAAACUGGACACUCUAGCCACUGGACAUCUGUUCCAAGAAGUUAGAUGCAUGAAACUUGUACAGCAUCCCAAUAUUGUACGACUGUAUGAGGUGAUUGACACCCAGACUAAGCUCUAUCUUAUCUUAGAGCUAGGUGAUGGAGGAGAUAUGUUUGAUUACAUCAUGAAACAUGAAGAAGGUCUGAAUGAGGAUCUCGCAAAAAAAUACUUUGCUCAAAUAGUUCAUGCUAUAUCCUACUGCCAUAAACUGCAUGUAGUUCACAGAGACUUAAAACCAGAGAAUGUCGUCUUCUUUGAAAAACAAGGACUUGUGAAAUUGACUGAUUUUGGCUUCAGCAACAAAUUUCAGCCCGGAAAGAAGCUCACCACAAGUUGUGGGUCUCUCGCAUAUUCUGCUCCGGAGAUUUUACUUGGGGAUGAAUACGAUGCACCAGCAGUGGAUAUUUGGAGUCUGGGAGUCAUCCUUUUUAUGUUGGUGUGCGGACAGCCACCGUUUCAAGAAGCAAAUGACAGUGAAACUCUGACCAUGAUAAUGGACUGCAAAUACACGGUUCCACCUCAUGUGUCCAAAGAAUGUAAAGACCUGAUUACCCGGAUGUUGCAGAGAGACCCAAAGCGAAGGGCAUCUUUGGAAGAGAUUGAAAACCACGCGUGGCUCCAAGGAGUUGACCCGUCUCCUGCGACCAAGUACAACAUUCCUCUUGUGUCAUACAAAAACCUGUCAGAGGAGGAACACAACAGCAUAAUACAGCGCAUGGUGCUUGGCGAUAUAGCGGACCGAGAUACCAUAGUGGAGGCUUUGGAAACGAACAAAUACAAUCACAUCACCGCUACUUACUUCUUACUGGCUGAAAGGAUCCUGAGAGAAAAACAAGAGAAAGAAAUUCAGACCAGAUCUGCAAGCCCCAGCAACAUCAAAGCCCAGUUCAGGCAGUCGUGGCCAACAAAGAUUGAUGUACCCCAAGAUCUGGAGGAUGACCUGACUGCUUCUCCCCUCUCCCAUGCAACCGUUCCCCAGUCUCCAGCUCGCACAGCCGAGAACGUCCUCAACGGCCACAGGAACAAGGCCCUCGGAGAUCCGGCAAAGAAGGAGGAUAUCCCGGAGCUAGCCGGGCCCGCGCUGUCCGUAGUUCCACCGGUGAGCUUAAAACCCACGACAAGUGGCCGAAAGUGCUUGUUCAGGGUUGAGGAAGAUGAGGAGGAGGAUGAGGAGGACAAGAAGCCUAUUUCUCUUUCUACUCAAGUCGUUCUGCGCCGUAAGCCUUCAGUUACGAACCGCCUGACGUCGAGAAAGAGCGCGCCGGUCCUCAACCAGAUCUUCGAAGAGGGGGAGUCGGAUGACGAGUUUGACAUGGAUGAGAACCUGCCCCCGAAGCUCAGCCGCUUAAAGAUGAACAUUAGCAGCCCGAGCGACGGCAGCAAGGGCGGCGGGAGCCCCUCCGGCAGCGCCGGCGGCGGCACCGGCGGCACGGCGGGCUCCACGCGCCGCUGCGCGGGCCCGACAGGCUCCGUGCAGCUGUCGUCCAGGAGCGCGGGGGAGCUGGUCGAGAGCCUAAAGCUGAUGAGCCUUUGCUUGGGUUCGCAGAUCCAUGGCACUGCUAAGUACAUUAUUGAUCCUCAAAACAGUCUGUCGUUUUCCAGCGUGAAAGUGCAGGAGAAAUCAUCGUGGAAAAUGUGCAUCAGCUCCAGCGGCAGCGCGAGCCAGGCCCCGUCGCUGGGCAGCCUCAAGUUCUUUUCCGACCGGAUGUCAGACACAGCCAACGAGUUGGAACGGCUAAAGAGCAGGAACUUGAAAAAUAACGUGCUCCAACUACCUCUGUGCGAAAAGACGAUAUCUGUGAACAUCCAGCGGAGCCCCCAGGAGGGGCUGCUCUGCUCCGCCACGCAGCCCAGCUGCUGUCACGUCAUCUGA